CAGGAGGAAACUUCUCACAAACAGCUUCUCUUCUCCUCGGUCCUCGGUCGCGUAGUCACCGGUGUGUCCGUCGCUUCGAGGCCGGGACAGGGUGCUGCUCCAGCGGGUCAGAGUCCAGAGGAGAGUCGGGAGUCAAACCGCCAACCAUGGGCUCCAUGUUCCGCAGCGAGGAGGUGUGCCUGGUGCAGCUCUUCCUUCAGUCUGGCUCGGCUUACAAUUGUGUCAGUGAGCUGGGAGAACUGGGUCUGGUUGAGUUCAGAGACUUAAAUCCCAACGUGAACUCCUUUCAGAGGAAGUUCGUCAGCGAAGUCAGACGAUGUGAGGAACUUGAGAAAACCUUUUCCUUCCUGGAGCAGGAGAUCAAACGCUCCCUGUCCCCCCCCCUGCAUGGACCCCUCCCUCUUCCAUGUCCGAGCCCCUUUGCCCCUCAGCCCCGAGAACUUAUCACCAUAGAGGAGGAGAGCGAGAGGCUGGCCAGAGAGCUCCGAGAGGUGUCCAAGAACAGAGACAGCCUUCGGGCUCAGCUGAUCCAGCUUUCUCAGUACCGAGGUGUCCUGACCAGAACACACUCUCUAACAGACUCACAGGCUCCACCACCUGUGGUGGAGAGCCAAGGCCUGUUCGAUAACCGCCAAGACGUCCACCUCAGUUUUGUGGCAGGAGUAGUCCAUCCAUGGAAGGUCCCCUCUUUUGAACGGUUGCUAUGGCGGGCGUGUCGCGGUUACAUAAUCGUGGAUUUCAGAGAAAUGGAGGAUCGCCUCGAGCACCCAGACACCGGGGAAAUGGUGCAAUGGACGGUCUUCCUUAUUUCCUACUGGGGAGAUCAGAUUGGACAGAAAGUCAAGAAGAUAUGUGACUGUUUCCGCACACAGACAUUUGCCUACCCCGAGAGGACGGCUGACAGAGAGGAGAUCCUUCAGGGACUUCAAGGCAGAAUUGAAGACAUCAAAUCAGUAUUAUCACAGACAGAGGCCUUCCUGCAGCAGCUGCUGAUGCAGGCGGUGGCCGUGCUGCCUCAGUGGAAGGUGCGGGUUCAGAAGAGUAAGGCUGUCCAGAUGGUUCUGAAUCUCUGCAGCCCUUCGGUUACUGACAAGUGUCUGAUCGCCGAGGCCUGGUGCCCCGUCUCCAAGCUGCCUGAACUGCAGAGCGCUCUCAGAGAGGGAGGGAGGAAGAGUGGAAGUGGGGUCGACUCUUUCUACAACCGCCUGCCGUCCUCCACCCCUCCGCCCACCUUGUUUCCCAUCAACUCUUUCUCAGCUGGUUUCCAGAACAUUGUUGAUGCAUAUGGAGUGGCCAGCUACCGUGAAGUCAAUCCAGCGUUGUUCACAAUAAUUACAUUCCCCUUCCUGUUUGCCGUGAUGUUUGGGGACGUGGGUCACGGUUUACUCAUGACUCUGGCCGCACUCUGGAUGGUUCUUGAGGAGAAGGACCCCAAACUCAGGAAUAACAACAACGAGAUUUGGAGGAUGAUGUUUGGAGGCAGGUACCUGAUUCUGCUGAUGGGACUGUUCUCUAUCUACACGGGGGCCAUCUACAACGAGUGCUUCAGCAGAGGCCUCAGCACCUUCGACUCAGCGUGGCACGUCGCCCCCAUGUUUGAGAACAACUUAUGGAAUGCAUCCGUCCUGGCAGGGAACCAGUAUUUGGCCAUGGAUCCGAAUGUGACCGGUGUCUUCACCAGCCCUUAUCCAUUUGGCAUUGACCCGAUUUGGGGCAUGUCCAACAACAAGCUGACUUUCCUGAACUCGUACAAGAUGAAGAUGUCAGUCAUAAUCGGCGUCAUCCACAUGACGUUUGGAGUCUGCUUGUCAUUCUUCAAUUACGUGCACUUUGGCAAGAUCAGCAGUGUGUUCUUUGUGCUGAUCCCAGAGCUGUUCUUCAUGGUGUCUCUGUUCGGUUACCUCGUGUUCAUGGUGGUCUUCAAGUGGAUUGCCUAUACUACUGCUGAGUCCAAAAUCGCUCCCAGUAUACUCAUCCACUUCAUAGACAUGUUCCUCUUCGCAGACAACCCUGACAACGCACCACUCUACGUGGGACAGAACUUGGUGCAGAAGAUCCUGGUGGUUCUGGCUCUGUGCUCAGUCCCGGUCCUGCUUUUUGGAAAGCCAACGUACGAAUACCUCACGUUCAAGAGAAGAAGACGUCAUUCGGAAGAAGACAGACAACCGCUGGUGACUGAAGAAGGCUCCAUCAAUACUCAUGAGGGGGAGGUGGAUGGAGGAGCUGGAGAAGAAGAGUUUGAUGCUGCAGACGUGUUCAUGCAUCAGGCCAUCCACACCAUAGAGUACUGCCUGGGCUGCAUCUCCAACACGGCCUCUUACCUCCGCCUCUGGGCUCUCAGUCUGGCACAUGCACAGCUGUCGGAGGUGUUGUGGGUGAUGGUGAUGCGUCUCGCCCUGCGGUGGCAGGGCUAUGUGGGAUCUGUGGUCCUUUUUGUGAUUUUUGCCUUCUUUGCCAUAUUGACUGUCUCCAUUCUACUGGUGAUGGAGGGCCUCUCAGCUUUCCUCCACGCGCUCCGUCUGCACUGGGUGGAGUUUCAGAACAAGUUCUACAGUGGAACCGGAUACAAGCUGAGCCCUUUCUCUUUCUCCUCCCUGAUCAAUGCAUCAGCUCCGAUAUGAUCAGUCGAAUGAUUCCUCACACUUGCCAAACGGUUACAUUAACCUGUGUUUUGAGCACUUGGACUGCAACACUUAAAGGAUAUUCCCGUCUUAACUGUGCUAUUCUACAGCCUGUGGGUAAUGAAUAAUAACAAUAAUCACUUACGUUUACAUCACAAUUAUCUCUGAUGUUCAUGAGCCAUCGGUACUUUCCACUCAUUGCCAUGUCUUCCAAGCACAAACAUCCAAGAGGUAUUUAGUGGUAGUUGACAGUUUUUCAGGUGCCUUACUGGGACAGAGUGCUUGUUUGUUCAUGAAGACUUUUGGAUAAAUGAUAUCAUCAUAAACAACAUGGACAUGUCUCUUUUUUUUCUGCAGGUUUGCACCGUAAAAUCCAAACUGAAAUUAAAACACCUUUUCUCGCUUUA